CUAGGAAUGGUUCAAACUAAAAAAAUUCACAUAUGAAAAUAAGUCAUGACUUCUGUUUUAAUAUAUAAGAUAUAUAUCUCUUUUCCAGCAUAUAUAUAUAUAUAUAUUUAACAUACAUAAUACAAAAAUUUAAACUACGUGCAACUAGUUACCUUAUUAUCAGUAGAAACUUUUGUUUUAAAACUGCUAAUAUUGACGAAUAUAUAGAAGUAAUAUAACAGACCUAAAAGAACGAAUUAUCCGUUUCUUUUGAAAAGAAAAGUAAAUGUAGAUGCGAUUCAAGUAUUCAAUAUUUGGUUCAUAAUAAAUGAGAAUCAUGCUGACUAUGUGCAUAUACAGAAGAGACUUUAAGGACUCCCCUUAAAAACUUCCAUUCCAUUACAUUCCUCCUCUUCACCAUUUAUUUCUCCAAUUCAUUUUUGUAAAUAUCUCUUUAACAAUACAAAGUCCGAAUCUUCUCAACUUUCAUCACCAUGCCCGAUACAACCGUAGACACAUACAUACAUAUCCUUUGUGUGAUUUAUACAUAUUAAAGCUUCUCAACUCUCUUUUUUUUUUUUUUUUUAAUCUUUACUUGUUCAUGGUGGUUCAAACUCAUGACCAUCUUUCCACUCUGCUCUUCCUCAACAGGUGCUGUCUCUCUACUCUCUCCCUCUCUCUAUAUAUUUGUGUAUGUAUUCAUAUAUUUGAUCUUUCGAUUUCUCAGAAACGGACAAGAAGGGAACGCUUUUUCGCCGGAGCUACAAAAAUCUCAGUUUCCUUCCAUCACCGCCGGGGUUGGUUCAAGAAAGCGAGCCAGAGAAGUAUCCUCGGUGAUUGAUUUAGAUAUCACGGCGUCUCCGAUGAAUCCUACGCCGUCUACUCCGCCGCAGUUUAUCGGCCGUGGUCAAACUCCUAAUGUAGUAUCCACCGGUCUUCGUUUGUCUCAGGGGCAGUGGCAGAAUCGAGAACAUAGGUUAACAACUUUUCCGAUGAUAACCAGAUAUAUAGCCGGAGAAAACAAACGUGCAACUGAUGAAUUAGAUAUGUUACUACAGACCCAGGAAGCGGAGCUGAGGCGCAUGUUAGCGGAAAACAAUGAGAGGCACUAUCGUGAACUUCUGAGAACGACGGAAGAAUCAGUUAGGCGGAGAUUAAGAGAGAAAGAGGCGGAGAUCGUGAAAGCCACGCGUCGUUAUGCGGAGCUUGAAGCACGUGCAGCGCAGAUGGAGACCGAGUCACGUGCCUGGCAGGUGAGAGCGGCAGCGAGAGAAGCCGAAGCGACGUCGUUACAAGUUCGACUGCAGCAAGCGUUCGCCAACGGCGGGGGAGUCACGGCGACGGAACCAAAAUCGGGAAGCGGUGACUGUGUGGAUGAAGCUGAAGACGCCGAAUCGGCUUACGUUGAUCCUGACCGGUUCGAAUUGAUCGGCCCGAGUUGUAGGAUUUGCCGACGGAGAUCGGCGACAGUGCUGGCUUUGCCGUGUCGCCAUUUGAUACUCUGUAAAGGAUGCGACGGUUCUGUUCGAGUUUGUCCGGUUUGCCUUAGCUCGAAGAAUUCAAGUGUGGAGGUUUUCUUUUCGUGAUGGGUUUAUAUAAUGGGCCUACCAGGCCUUUCGUUAGCAUUUCAUAAAGUAAAACAAAAUCUAUGUAUAAUUAAAUUCAUCAUAUACGCUAUUAUUUAUUUAUUUUUUGCUAAAAUGCAAAUAUCUUAGUAAUGAUAAAAAGGUUACAUAA